UUACGAAGUCAUGGCGGCCAAAAAGCCAACCUUCAAGCUUGUCCUUCUCGGAGAGGUGGGCGUGGGGAAGACAUCGCUGUUCUUGAGACUUAAAGACGGAACUUUUCUUGAAGAUUCUCAUGCGAGUAUCGGCGUCGACUGCUGUGAAACCGCCGUCAGCGUAGAAGGCGAGGAAGUUCGGCUGUGUGUGUGGGACACGGCCGGCGUGGAGCGGUUCCGGACGCUGACACAGGGCUACUACCGACACGCCGACGCCGUCCUGCUGGUGUACAGCCUGCCCGACUCAGCCACGCUCAGGAUGCUGACGUCAUGGGUGCGAGAGGUCAACGACCGCACGGUCAUGUCCAACACUCCAGUUCUGAAGAUCAUAGUAGGCAACAAGAGCGACCUGGAACACCGGACAUCGGAACAGGCGGCCGCUGAACUGGCGGCGGCGUUCGGCUGUGAGCUGGUCUUACAGGUGUCCGCUAGAACAGGUGAGGGGAUGAAAGAGGCGCUUCAAGUGAUCGCGGGAAAACUUCUGGCCAGGAGCAGGGAGCGGAAACGGUCUCACCUGACGUCACCGGCCUCUGAUGACGUCAGUCCGCUGACGUUACACCGACGGGACACGACAGAGAGACGACAGACGUCACGCUGCUGCUGACGACAGAGAAACGACAGAGACACGACAGACGUCAAGAUGCUGCUGGCGACAGAGAAAUGACAGAGAGACGACAGAGAGACGACAGAGAGACGACAGACGUCACGGGACACGGGACAUAGACGGGACACGACAGAGAGACGGCAUACGUCACGAUGCUGCAGACGACAGGGACACGACAGAGACACGACAGAGACACGACAGAGAGACGACAGAGUGAUGACAGAGAGACGACAUACGUCACGAUGCUGCAGUCAUGACAGUUGUGUUCUGUCUUUUCUUGGAACUUCUUGCCAGGAAUAAUUAAGACUUUGACAACAAGUUUAUUUUGUAAACAUGACAUUAUGUUUUUUUCGUUGGAGAUAC